AUGGAAGGUAUAGUUAAGUCUUCAAGAAAAAUAGACCCAGAAUAUGACAAAAAGGGAGAAGAAUCCGAAGCUCUUCAUGAUAUGAAGGGUAUUUUAGGUCAAGAAGAGAAAGAGAAGCAGAGCGCUUCAGAGCAAAUUUCCUUGCAACACAUUAUGGAGCUCAGAGAAGCGUUCGAUGCAGCCAAGAAGCACAAAGAUGGAGCCCUAGAACUCGAGGAAUUCAUGGAUGCCUUUGGUGGAAUUAUUGGAAAAGAUAUGAACGAUAAGCAAAUCAACCAAUUAUUCAUGAAAAUCGAUGCAGAUUCUAACGGAAGUGUUGAUUGGAAUGAAUUUAUGAACUAUAUGCUUCUAGAGAACGAGACUUUAUCGUCAAUGAAAGCAGAGCAUUUUGAAUACGUUAAAUCUAAUGCAGAGGAUCCUGCGCCCAACAAGACCAAAUUAUGACACUCAGACAUGAUAACUUGCAUUCUAGUGCUCACACCGGAAGAUGAGGACAAGAAAAAGUUGUCAGUUGAUGAAGAAGAAGAACUGAAGGAAGAGCAGAAGGAAGAACAAAAAUCUUAUUUUAGCAAGAAGAAUGUGAAGUAUAUUACCUCUAGCAGAGAUGGGAAAAUAAAAAUUUGGAAUGGAAAUACACAGGAAUGACACCUCACAAUUAAUGUUGGAAGGUACUGGGUUAAUUGCAUCCAAUAUAUGACUAAGUCGAAGAGAUUAGUUGCAGCCUGCUCUGAUCGAACUCUUAAGUUUUAUGAUCUUUCCUUAACCAAUAUAAACCUCCCUGUUAGUGAGAUAGCUGAUUUUGAUGGCCUUCCUCUUUGAAUGGAUUACUUUUUAAAGCCAAAACUUGGAGUUGAAACUUUGAUUGUGGGAGAUGACAUGGGAAUCUGAUAUAUGUAUGAUUUCUCAAAAGAAUGGCAUUCUUGUGAGUGGAGAAUAGAUGAUCCGACUCAUUAUUGAUGCCAUAAAGACGAAAUUAAAAAGAGAUUUGAGCCUAGUGAUUCUGAAGAUAGUGAAGAGAAGAAGAAAAAGGAUUCUAAGGCAGAUAAAAAGAAAAUUGAUAAGAAGGCUAAGAAAGAUAAAAAUAAAGAUGAGAAUGGGAACAAAGACCCUCUUGGGUCCAAGAACAAGAAGCUUACAAAGUUAAGAAUAAAUUUUGAGUUCAUGUCUGUUCAAAUCCACCAAGGAUGCAUUACCAAGAUUAAAUAUAUUGAGGACUUGAACUCUCUUCUUUCUAGCUCUUCUGGUGGAUUCCUGCAUUUCCAUGAGGUAGAAAACCUGAAUUAUAAAGAUAGGAGUUUCUCCUUGCACCAGAAGGGUGUCAGCUCCUUCGUGUACAGUGAGAGGCAUAGGUUUGUUGCAAGUUGUGGGGAGGAAAGACAUAUUAUUAUGUGGGAUCCAUUCACACGAAGAGCAAUCACAUACCUUAACGGACAUAAUACUUCUGUACAUGACUUGACAAUUAAUGAUGAUAGACAUCACCUCAUCAGUUUAGGUACUGACAAGGUUGUCAAGAUAUGGGACAUUAGGACCUAUAAGUGCAUCCAGACUAUAUUUGACAAGAUAUGUUACAGACCAGAGGAUAGAUUGACCUGUAUAUUCUUUGACAAGAUUUCUAACAACAUUCUUCUUGGGUCACGGAAGAUCAAUAGUUGGUUCUUUAAAACUCAAGAGGAGAUCAAGACUUCUCAUGAAUAUCCUGUGUCAAUAGCUCUGUACAAUACAGAGUUCGAGUCUGUGGUUUCUUGUGAUGACGGGAGCUUUAUCUCUGUUUGGGAUAUUGAAAACGGAAAGCUUAUGUCUAAGUUUGGAAAUGCUCAUGGUAAGAACACCAAGAUUACAUCUGCCUGUUUUGAUGAGAGCCAAAGAAGAUUGGUAACAAGCGCAGCAGAUGGAUCUAUCAAGGUCUGGAAUUUCUCUAACGGACAGGAAAUCAGCACCUGUAUCCCAACAAAGCCUGAAGCAAAAGAGUCAGAGGUAACAGACCUAUGUUUUGUGUCAAACACUAAUAAUAAACAGGAGUUUGGUAACAUCCUGGCUGUUGGAUGGAACAAGCAUGUUUAUAUCUACCCAGAUAAUAAAGAAGAUGAAAUCUUCCAGAGUAAUAUCCUUCCUCAAAGUGAUCAAGGCGUUAAACAUCAUGAUGAUAUUAUGUCAGUGGUUUAUUCUAGAAAAGACAAUCUUGUCUUCACAGGGUCCCAUGAAGGAAGAAUCAUCGGCUGGAAUUUUGAAACGAAGCGAGCCAAAUUCGAGCUCCAUCUUGAAGACGAUACUUGCGUCAGUGAUUCGCCUGCUCUUGAUGCCAAAUCAGUAGACUGUAUGCUUGUUCUAGAAACUGAAGGAAUUCUAUUAACAGGAACAGCUGAUCAAUAUAUAAGGUUUUGGGAUACCAAAAACGGAAAACUGCUUAACAAAGUCUCUGCGAAGUUCCAUCCUGAAGAAGCCCUCACUGCUAUAGCCAGCUGAAGUGUAGAUGAGACUCUUUUCUGUGGAGACACUAGUGGCUGUAUUAAAAAGUUUGACCUGAAAAUCUUUGAUUUCAAGACCUCCAGAGAGCUAGAUGUCUUGUGGUUUAUUAAGGGCCACCGAGCUAUUAUAAAUAGCAUAGCUGUGGCUGAGCUCAAAGAAUGCGAAAAUAAGUUCAUUAUCAGUUGAUCGGACGACAGGAAUAUUCACCUUCAUAGCUUCGAUGGCUUUUUCAUUGGUCAAUUUGGUCAAGAAGAAGAAUGGAAUAUUUAUAAAGCAGACGAGCUUGCUCAGAAGUUUACAAGGAAAAAUGCAAAGAUUAAGCCUUAUGGCACCUAUGCUAAAAAUAUGAGACUAGAAAUGUUCCUCAAAGGAGAGCUUGACUCUUCUGAAAUUAGAGAUUAUCAAGACGAAAUUAAAGCGGAAGAAGAUGAAUAUCCAACAAAGGGGUACACUGUUGAAAAUGCAUCCAGAUUACUCGGCUACAAGCCAAAGAAGGUUAAAAAUGCAAACUCUGACAAGUAUUUCUACUCUAUCACAAAGCACAAGCCUGACUUAGAUAUUACUGAAAAGAAUAAAGGAAAGUUCUUUAAGAAGAUGGUUGGUAAUAACCAAGAUCACUACAAAGAUUUGAUUAAGCAGAUAAAACAAUAA